CGCACAGUUACUUCUGGUCUUGUGCAAGUGUGCCAUGGUCGUCAAUGCCAUCACGGCUAAUUUUACUCUUGAUAAUGAAAUUCAUUCAAGUUUCAUCCAGCGACGCCUGCGGAGUCACGAGCGCAAGGAAAUGCAGCGGGAGAUUCUUUCCAUCCUUGGGUUACCGCACCGACCCCGGCCCAGCCUUUACGAGAAGCACACCGCUGCACCCAUGUUCAUGUUGGAUCUGUACAACGCUAUCUCCACCGGCGAGGACGAGCUCGGCGGGUUGGCGUACCCUUACGCACCCGUUUUUACGACACCAGAGCCCCCCAGACAAACUCCGCAAGACACUCGCUUUUUGAACGAUGCUGACAUGGUCAUGAGUUUUGUUAACUUGGUGGAGCCGAGUCUGGAGGUGCAGGCUGGCCAGAGGCACCAGAGGGAGUUCCGCUUCGACCUGUCCCGCAUCCCCGAGGGCGAGGCCGUGACGGCGGCUGAGUUCCGCAUCUACAAGGGCUACGUGCCGGAGCGCCACGAGAACCAGACCUUCCGCAUCAGCCUCUACCAGGUGCUACACCAGCGCCCAGACAGGAAGCCGGACCUGUUCAUGUUGGACUCGCGGGUGGUGUGGGCGGCGGAGGAGGGCUGGCUGGUCUUCGAUGUCACCGUGACCAGUAACCUCUGGGUCCUCCACCCGGGCCAGAACCUGGGCCUGCAGCUGGUUCUGGAGGGAAUGGAUGGCAAGAGUGUGGACCUGCAGAGCGCGGGGCUGGUGAGCAGCGCGGGGCCCCGCAGCAAGCAGCCCUUCAUGGUGGCCUUCUUCAAGGCCACGGAGGUGCACCUGCGGGGCGUGCGCUCUGCGUCGGGCCACAAGAGGGGACACGGCCACCGCUCCAAGGGCCACAAGGGGGGGUCGUCCUCCUCCCAGGAGGCCCUCAGAAUGGCAGAGGCCACCGCUGCAGAGAUCCUGAACCCUGAUCAGAAACAGGGCUGCAAGAAGCACGAGCUCUAUGUCAGCUUCAGGGACCUCGGGUGGCAGGACUGGAUCAUUGCUCCAGAGGGCUACGCUGCGUACUACUGCGACGGAGAGUGCGCCUUUCCUCUCAACUCCUACAUGAACGCCACAAAUCACGCUAUUGUGCAAACACUGGUUCACUUCAUAAACCCGGACACGGUGCCCAAGCCAUGCUGCGCGCCCACCCAGCUGCACGGCAUCUCGGUGCUCUACUUUGACGACAGCUCCAACGUCAUCCUCAAGAAAUACCGGAACAUGGUGGUGAGGGCCUGUGGAUGCCACUGACACCUCCUCCUCCUCCUCCAACCUCCCACCCUCCACCCACACCAUCCCCACAUCUCCUCCUCAUCCUCCUCCUCUUUCUCGCAUCCUCCUCAUUUGCCCCACAAUGCAUCUGUGCUGGUCACUGGCGUAACGCAAGUACUUCAGGCCCCCCUGCAAGCUACAAAGAAUGGGCCCCCGAACGAAAAAAAGAGUGCUUAAUAUC